AUGUCGCAGGAUACUGGUUUGUGGAGCGUUCGCAGACCUCGUGAGCACAACUUUGAAAUGGAGAUGAAGCAUGUCCUCACGCAAAAUAUUGUCAAAUCCCCUACCCAAAAGGAUUUCAACUACAUGUUCCAGUAUCCCUACGAAAAGAGCAUCACGAAGAGUCAGAUUUCCGCGGUUGGUGGCCAGAACUGGAGUACUUUCUUGGGCCUGCUCCAUUGGAUGAUGCAGCUUGCCCAAAUGCUCGACGGAUAUUCAUGUGGCCGAUUUGAUGAUGCAUGUCUCGACUCUGGAAUCGACGUCAGUGGCGACCGUAUCAUUUUCGAUUUUCUGAGCAAAGCCUACAGGGACUGGCUAGCCAUGGACGAAGACGCUGGAGACGAGGAUGCCGAGAGGGUCCUAGCUCCUCAUAUCGACUCAAUGGCGAGAGCAUUCGAGGAAUCAAAUUCUAGGUAUCUAUCAGAACUGGAAAUGCUUGAAGCAGAGAAUGCCAGGCUACAAAAGGAGAUCGAGGACUUAGAAAAAUCGACGCCGGACCCAGCCGUCCUCGACAAUCACUUCAGGAUCAUGGAAGAAGACAAGAUGAAGUUUGAGGAAUAUAAUGCUCUUGCACAGCAGCGCUCAGAAAAAUACGAAAGCCGCAUCCACGUCCUCCAGGAGGAGCUCGAUAAGCUAAUUGCGGAGUCGAAGGAGGACAUUGAUCGCAUGACGGCUGAACGAGAGCGGCUGCAGAAAGGGAUUGAAUCAGCUUCGCAACGGCUUGACGAAAUCAAGAAGAAAGUGGCAGAGAGAGAAUCAGAAGCUAGUAAGAGAUUAGACGAGCUGGAACGGAUGGUUGAUAAGUAUAACACUCUCGCCUACCAGAAUGCACUCAUCCCCGCCACCGCCGUCAAUGCGAACGGCGGUGACUACGAACUUCGCAUUACAGUAAGCGAUGGACCCGAAUUCACAUCUUCGCAGCUCAAUGGGUCAAGUGGGACGGUCUCUGGUGAGAGACUCUUGGCCGAGCCUACAACUGGCUACCAACCCGGCCAUAUCCUUAACCUUGAUCUCCGCGCAAUGGAUAUCAUGAUGAAGGAUCAUGAUCUACUUGAUGGAAUUAAGGAGGCUAUAGAGGAUAAAAGAAACGAAGUUGAAACUUUAGGUCACCGCGUGCGGGCGGCUGAAGAGGAGUACGAGAAGACUAAAGAGGUCACCACCGCUCAAAAACUCAACUCUGACGCACAGAUCGAGAAGAUGGAGAAGGAGCUAGCCAAGAUGCGUGCCGGUUUGACGGAAUCCGUCCAGUUCAUGGAGCAGAGGGAAAUGAACACAAAUAUUGAGUAUGAGCAACUCACAGUUCGUGCGAAUGCACUGAGGGAGGAACUCCAUACUGGGAUUGACCGAAUCUUAAACGACGUGAUCAAGUUCAAGAUCCACAUUCAGAAGAAUUUAGAUGAUUACGAGGGGUUCGUUGCGGACGAGCUCGAGAAGGAGUUAGGCAGUGAUGAAGUGAGCGAAGAUACCCGCGCUUUGGACUUGUAA